UUUAUCAGUUCUUAUAUUAUAGUUCAAAUAUUCGUACGUCAACAGAGGACCGGAUAAUAUUUUGAAUUUUAAGCUUUAAAAAUAAAUACAAAAAUGCGCUAUUUAUUAUUAAUAAUAGCUGUAAUUGUAACAUCAGCUUUUGUUCAAGGAAAGUCAUUGAGGAAAGUUUGUCAAGACACCAACGACAUAAGCGAUGAGAAAUCAUUAUUAUGUAAAAUAAUUAAGGAAAAAAUCAAUUGCGAUAGCUCAUCAUCAUCGUCAUCAGAAGAGGAUAACGAUGGUACAAGGAAAUCCUCAUGUAACAAGAACAAGGAACAAAAAAGUGAUUCAUCAUCAUCUUCUUCUUCUUCAUCAUCGUCGUCGUCAUCAGAAGAAGAUGAUAACAAGUGUAAUAAGAAAUCUUCUUGUAAAGGAAAAAAUAAAUGUGACGUGAGUUCUUCAUCAUCAUCAUCAUCGUCUUCAUCAGAGGAAGAUAAUGAUUGCAAUAAGAAAGCUAAUGAUAAAUCUUCAUCUUCUUCAUCGUCGUCAUCAUCAUCGUCAUCUGAGGAAGAUAAUGACUGUAAUAAGGGCCGUGGGAAAAAAGACAAUGAUUCGUCUUCCUCCUCGUCGUCAUCGUCUGAAGAGGAUGGGAAUAGUAAAUGUCAAUAUUCGAAAACUAAAUCUAACAGCCAUUCCAAGAAGUCGCGUCACUUGAAGAAAGUUAUAAUAGUAAGCUCUUCAAAGUGAUGCAGUUACCUGGUUCAUCAUAUCUAUCCUGGUUAGUCAGAAUAUUAUUGUUUUAUUUGUUUAGGUGAAAAUGAAAUAAAUAUUUUGUAUUGG